UACUGCUGAAACCAUUAAACUUCCUUUUUGAGUAUCAAAAGCUAAAUUCAAGGAAGGGGGCAUAUUAUUCCACAAGCCUUAGGGUCGCCAGAGGAAGGGAACAUGAAGGCGCCCAACAACAACAUUGCCACAAACGGGAUGCCUUCCGCCUCAGCGAGCACUUCCACUUCCACCAGAUUGGAGUCCUUUCUGAACUGGAGUUAAGAUCUGCAGAGAAAAGAUUUUGGAAUGCCCAGACAAAGUCGUAAAAUAGCCAAAUCGGCUUCCACCCCUCCUCAGUGUGCACCUGUUAAUAGAGCAACAUCAGUGGACUACAGUGUUUUAAAAAGGGCCCAGUUGCAACAGCUCUGUAAGAAACUGGGAAUUCGAGCCACAGGGAAGAAUUCAGAACUUCUGGAAAGAGUGAAAGCCUUUCACAAAGAACCUUUGUGUGAAAUAGUAAACACCAAAGAAGAAAACACAAAGAAGGAUGAAGAGAAAGACCAAAAAGCUCAGGCUCCUUUACCAGCUCCUCCUGUGGCUUUGAACAAGGAAAUAAAAUUUGAGGUGUUUGAAAAGAAAACAGAGGUAGUCCAUGGCUGGUGUGUGGUCCAUGGGAUGAUACUUUACCGCCCAGAAUCCAGCUGGUUUCCUUUGUUACUCCGUGGUGGCAUGGUCUAUGUCCAGGAUGGGGAGAACCACGUCCCUUUUCAUCUCCCUGUUACAAAUAUCUCUGUUCCUGAAGGUUUAUCCGACAACUACAUCUGUCGAGAGUGUGUGCUGAGGAACCAAGAAAAGUUAAAGAAACAUCCCAUGAACCAGCAAAUACAAGGAAAAGGUAAACGGGUUUCCUUACCCAAGACUGCCUUAAAGAACGUUAUCCCUCGUCAAGACUACACAGCUCAGCCUUCACUGGAUGCAACCAACACCUCUAGAGACAAGAGAAGGACAAUAGAAAUUAGGAAACUCUACCAGCCACAAGAGGAUGAAGCUUAUGCUCAGCGGGUGGAUGGGCUGCUUUCCCUGAUGGCCCGUGGCGAACUUGGUAUGGACCUAGCUCUGCGUCCUGUCCAGCCCCUGGUUGUCCAUUCUCCAGCACCUUUUGAGAAAUAAUGUGAUGAUCUGAAAGAAACAUGUUAUUAUAGUGCACUUUUUCUAUGUAUUCAAUUGACACUGUAGCCUUGUAAUUUUUUAUUUUUAAUCAAGAAUCCUUGGAAAUAAACCUUUCGUCAUAGUCUUGAAGUGAUAUCUGAAAGAAGCAUUUUAUUAUUAUAGUGUACUUUUUCUAUGUAUUUAAUUGAUGUUGUAGUCUUUUAAUUUUUGAUUGUUAAUAAAGAGUCCUUGGAAAUAAA